ACAAGGCUGCGCCAGGCUCCUGCAACUGUUGUGAUUCGGCUGAAGAAAGUGCCCAGAGAGGCAGAAGAACGCCUGGUGAAGCAACAGAUAUCCACGUUAAUGUUAUAAAGAUGGCGUUUAUUAAAGAGGAGAGUGAAGACGUGACGAUUGAAGAAGCGUUCAGAGUCAAACAAGAAGAUCCUGAGGAACUAACAGGCCUGAUGGCGCUGAAAGAGGAGAAUCAAGAGCUGAAUGAAAAAGAAGAUAAAGAUGAGAAACGUGAUUUCAUGACUGAAGAAAACAUUUUUAAUUGCUCUGAGACUGAAAAGACUUUGUCAAGAAAAAAAGCUAAAAAGACAGCGACUAAAGGUAAUUACACCUGCCAACAGUGUGGAAAGAUCUUUAAUGAAAAUAGAAACCUUACAGUCCACAUGAGAGUUCACACUGGAGAAAAGCCUUAUACAUGCCAGCAGUGUGGAAAGAGUUUCAGUCAAAAAGCAAGUGUUAAAGUCCAUAUGAGAGUUCACACUGGAGAGAACCCUUACACCUGCCAACAGUGUGGAAAAUGUUUCAAUAGAAAAGGAAACCUGACAGUCCACAUGAGAGUUCACACAAGAGAAACCCCGUUCUCCUGCCAACAGUGUGGAAAAAGCUUCACUCAGAAAGGAAGCCUUAAAGUCCACAUGAGAAUUCACACUGGAGAAAACCCUUUUACCUGCCAAGAGUGUGGAAAAAAUUUCAUUCGAAAAGCAAGUCUUAAAAGCCAUUUGAGAGUUCAUACUGGAGAGAAGCCUUUCACAUGCUCUCAAUGUGGAACAAGUUUUAAACAUAAAGGAACCCUUAAUGCCCACAUGAGAAUUCACACUGGAGAGAAGCCGUUUGUGUGCGCUCAGUGUGGAAAGUGUUUCAGAUUUACAGUAACCCUUAGUCACCACAUGAGAAUUCACACAAGAGAGAACCGUUUUGUAUGUCAUCAGUGUGGAAGGAAUUUCACAGACAAGAAGCAUCUCAAGAAUCAUGUAAAGAUUCAUUUGGGAGCGAAGCCUUUCAUGUGCCUUCACUGUGGAAAGACUUGCAAAAACAAAACAAACCUUGAGGUUCACAUAAGAGUUCACACUGGAGAGAAGCCUUUCACCUGCCCUCAGUGUGGAAAGCGUUUCGCACUCAAAGGAAACCGUGAGGUUCACAUGAGGCUUCACACCGGAGAGAAGCCUUACAUGUGUCUUAAAUGUAAAAAGAGUUUCACGUAUCUUAGAGAGAUGAAAUGUCAUUUGCAAACUCAUUCUGAAAAGAAACUACAACAUUCAGUGUGUGACAACAAGUUUACUAAGAGGAGCAAUUUCAAAAAUCAUCUCCGUUUUCACUCUGGAGAAAGGCGAAGUAAUUGUGAUCAGUGUGAUAAAACAUGUAUUUUGCCAUCACGCUUACAGAUACACCUGAAAAGUCAUGCAGAUAUGAGACCCUAUUCUUGUUCUUUCUGUAGAAAGAGUUUUAAAUGGCUCAGCAGUUUAAAAUGGCACCAGAAAACAUGCAUGUCUGUGAAAUCAAAGCUACUUUCACACCGCAAGUGAAUGUGGACCAAAUGGAUUUUCUGCUUUUUUGCCUUUGGUGAGGCUGAUGUGCAUAAGAUAUGGAUUAAAGGUUUCCUCCCUCAGGAAUCUAAUAUUUAAUUUGAUAAUUGUGUUUUGGUCAUCUGCUGAGUUCCAGGUUGGAAGGUGGACGGAUCAUAGGAGUGGUGGGUGAACUGAUGGACAUUUUUUCAUUUAGCACUAGUGAUGCCAUUACUAGUGGUGUUAUGGGUGCCUUUGGACCAACUGUCUCAUCCUUUAUACCAUAAGGCAGCAUAUGAAAAGUGAACGAUCUAUUCCAAUGUCGCAAAUAAUGAUCUGCAUUGUUAAUUUCUUCAAAGAAUGUAGCCGCUUGUAUAUUUGAAAUUUAAUUUCAUGAUAGGAUUGGCAAUUUAAGAAUCUGUAUAGGAUCUGCUGAUUCUACAUCCCGACAUAGCAUAUGAAAAAUAAUGGUGAAGUACAUUGUAUUUAGCAUUUAAGGUAAAGAUGAUAACAUCAGCUGAAUGACUGUGUUAAACAAAGUUUGUAGCAAGAUGUUUCUGACAGUUCCUGGUCUCUUUAUUGUAAGUCAAUUGAGCUGGAUUACUGACUCUCACCUUUUGUUUUUAAUGACUCUUGGUGCCCCUGUCCCUUUCUUUGAAUAAUUAUGCUGAUUGGAUUUGGACAGGUCAAAUUCUUAUACCUGCAUAGUUCAUUUGCACACUUUAAGGUCGUCUCCCAGUUGCUUUGUCUCUAUCUCUAAGCACUGUCCUUUAAAUGUAUAUAAAACUACAAUGUGCAGAUCCCUGGUUAGACCUGAUGACUGCAGCAAUCAA